ACGGAAAUCUUUAAGUGUUGCAACCAUGUCGAGUUCCAGAAGGCAUGUUAGGUGACGAGAAGUUAGAUUUUGCUUACAGAAACGAUUUCUUUCCACUAAUAUUCCACAAAGCCGAGCCUCUUGUGGUGUUCAGGUAGACUCACGAAAUAAAAUAUUUCCUGAGCCAUGAUGGCGUGUAGAUCUGCGUGCCGUGUGUUCUAUCGCCGACUGGUGUCCAGUGCAGCAGAGGCAAGAAUCCCGAAUGCAGAGCUGCGCAGGCUGCGCAGUGCGGUGUUCUCCCGGGAGCAGGCGAGGCAGCGCGCGCUCAUCACGCGCACCGAGAAGAUUGAGGUCACCAUGCAGGGCCCUGGCCUGCAGGGGUCGCUGCUCAUCAUGAACAAGGGAGUGUCCACCCCGUACAGCUGCGCACGCCACCUGACAGAGUGGCAUGUGAAUAGCUCUGCUCUGGCCCUGGUGGAUGGAGUGCUAUGGCCGAUGCACCGUCCCCUUACACAGUCCUGCUCGCUGACCUUGCUCACCUUCAAGGACUCGGACCCUGUUCAGGUCAACAAGGCAUACUGGCGUUCCUGUGCAGCGCUCCUGGGGCAGGUGCUUGAGAACGCCUUCAAAGAGGAGUUCACCAUAGAGCUGCUGAGGAGCCCUGAGAUGCCAGUGACCUCAGGAGCAUUUUGCUGUGAUCUGGUCCUGGACCCUCAGUUAGAUGCCUGGACCCCCUCAGAAGAAGCCCUGCGGUCUCUGACUCGUGACGCUCAGCAGCUGAUUCAGCAGAACCUGCCCUGGGAGCCGCUGGAGGUGUCGCCCUCUGUGGCCCUGGAGGCCUUCGCCCACAGCAGGUUUAAGCAAGAAGAGGUGGAGGAGGUGGUGGCAGAGAGCCCCAGUGGUACAGUGACACUGUACAGAUGUGGGGACCAUGUUUUGCUGAGUGGAGGCCCCCUGGUGGCCAGGACAGGAUUGUGUUCGCAGUACGAAGUGACCGCCAUGCACAAUUUAGGCCGAGGAGAGAGAGGCCUGCAUCGCCGAGCACAGGGUCUCUCACUGCCCCUGCAGCUACAGGCUCACCACACAAUCUGGAGGAGGCUGAGGAAGAGAGCAGAACGGCUGGUGGAGCUGCCACCACCCCCAGCCAUUGAAGCCAAACCACCUGCCACUGAAGCCACUCCCCCUGCCACUGAAGCCACACCCCCAGCUCAACAGCAGUUUACUUGAAUGCCUCAGCAGUAACCUGUAAACGAUAUCACUCUGCCCUCCAGCGUGUGUGAGGAUGGAGAACACAAAUCCAGAAUACCAGCUGUGUAUUAUUGUUUUGAAUUCAAGUAAAUAUCAUGUAAAAUAUAAAAUAAAUACUGUUGCACUCA